AUCUAUGUCUAUUGACACUUGUGAGUUAUGAAAUAUUACUUUGGUAUAGCAAAAGUAUGAGUAACUUACUCCACAAGUCUGAAAGGAUGUUUAUACAUCCCUGACAGAUGAGGAAGGGACUUUUUCCAUUCACUUCAUACAUUUAACAUUCUCAUGGGACUGUGGCAGACUGAGUGAGGGAUGAAGCUCAGUCGAAACUUUAUCUGCAGUGAGGUAGUCCAUGUCACUCAAGGCGCAUUCCAUUGACUGAGAGGUGUUUUCACCAAGCUACAUACCCUGCAUAUUCUACCCGAACACGUACUGUAGUAGACUUAAACAAGGAUCUGCUUAUGUUUGAGACAAACUGUUAUUGAAACCGGGAAAUACUCUGCUGUGCUUCAACGAAACGUUCAUACGGUUAAACAAAAUAUUAUAGGAACACGGGGAGAAUGGAUCACGCGCAACGAAAGUCUGAUGUAUUUGCUUUACAUGGGGUGUGACACAUUGAAGUUCGACAUGGCGUGCUGGAAAUGGUGCCGUCGGACCUGGGUUUGUUGCCUGGACGAUGAAGAGAGGAGAACCAUUGCUAUUGACAAGGAGAUUCAGAGGAUUCUCCGACAGCAGAAGAACAGAGAACGCAAAGAAAUCAAAGUUCUUUUACUCGGCACAGGGGAGAGUGGGAAAACCACCUUCAUCAGACAGAUGAGGAUCAUCCAUGGAAAUGGCUUCUCUGAAGAGGAAAGACGGGACUUCGCCAAGCUCAUCUACCAGAACAUCUUCACGGCUGUUAAAGCUAUGACCCGGGCCAUGAUCACCCUCAGACUGCCCUAUGCCUACCCAGAGAAUGAGAUGUAUGCCAGGUGGAUGCAGGAUGUGGACACAGUGCAGGUCACCCAGCUGGACCGUGGCUUUGUGGACGCUAUCCGCCAUCUCUGGGCCGACCCAGGCCUCCGGGUCUGCUACAGCCGCCGCAGCGAGUAUCAGUUGCUGGACUCCACAGAGUAUUACAUGACCAAUCUGGACCGCAUAUCUGCCCCAAACUACAUCCCCACUGCUCAGGACGUGCUGCGGGUACGAUUCCCCACCACCGGCAUCCAUGACUACUCCUUCACCGUAAAGACCAUCACACUCAGAAGCCGAAAGCGACGUGAUGCUCAGGAUGCUAUGAAGUACAUCCAGAAGAUGUAUGAGCAGCAGGCUCACAGCCGGGACAAGAAGGAAGAUAGCAAGACGCUGUACCCCCACUUCACCUGCGCCACCGACACCAACAACAUCCGCAAAGUGUUCAGUGACGUGAAGGACACGGUGCUCCUCAAGUCUCUCAUGGAGUUUGGGGUGAUCUGAGGGCCUGGGGACCCGCCUACCAAUGGGGCCACACUCAACCAACAACCACUCAGGGCAGAAGAGGCUCUCCCUCCGUCCCUCCCUUGCUCAGUUUUCUCCUCUCUCUCAAUCUCAGCUCCAGUGGGGAUGCUUUCUGGCCAAACCUUCUUAUUGCAGGAAGGAAUCUCUACCUGGAGAGCAGAACAUAAUGGAGUGACUCUUAUGACUCCUGUAUCACGAACAUGUUUUACACACACACACACACUCUGGUUGUUAUUUUAUAAUGUUGUGUGUAAGGGCUUGGAGAUGUAGUGGCUCUACCAGUGAUGGAAACUGGACUAGAGAUGUCAUGAAGUGCUGUGUCUCCAUUAUGUGAGUGAUGACUUUAGCUGGAGGAGAGGAGAACUCUAUAGCCCCUCUAUAUCCCUACCACAACCCUGUUGAUAGAAAAUGCCUCUGCUCUAGAGAUCACUACAGAAGAUUCCACUCUAUCUGUGUGUUGAAUUAACACUACUGUACACAUGCGUUGUAGCCAUUACAUAACCAGUUCACACCUAUGAGAAGUAGCCACCACUGAAGGCUUGUGUAACAUUUUGUGUUUGGUUGGUCUUUUAAUUGGUUUGCUUGGUUGACACCCGUAUAUUUUGCCGCUGGGUCUCAGGUGUGAGAUGUGAUGCAGGCGAGAAAUGUGGGAGUUGAGGCGUUUACUACAGCUGUGAUCGAUAAGGUGUCAGAAAUCACUUGAUGUCAUAACGGGUUCCCCUGAUACAGUAUGUUAUGGAAUGCAAUGCUGUACUGUACACUGUUAGGAUUCUUGGUUUGGUUUUUGGUGGAUGCUUUUGUUUAGUCUCUUCCCCUAAUGUGCCUGCCUUAUGACCAGUCACUACCUGCUAUACAUUGAGUUCAUAUGGGAACAACAACGCCGGUGAAUGUAUACAUUAACUAACAAAUGAGAGUGCUUAAGAGCAGCAGCCAAGUACAGGGUUAUUACUAGCUGGCAUGCAUGCUGCUGUUAAAGCUGAAAUGUAAUAAAAGAUCUCAUUAAAUUCCUAGGACCCUGUUAGGACUGCUAUUAGGUGGCUCAGAGAGGCCAGUUAAAACGAACGCCUGGCAUCGCGGGUGGUUCAAGUCUUGCCACUGUCUGAUAGCUCUAAAAAUCAACAUGCAGUUAUGAUGUGAAUGUUUGUAGGCUUUAGGCUACGGUAGGGCUUUGAUUUGAGCAGUGGAGUUUUUUGGGCCUCGCUGCAGAGUGGCAUCAAAGGUUACACAGCAAAACAAGGAUUUAAUCAUUGUGUCAAGACUAUCAACAACAACUCAUUAUUCAUAGUUGGCUUGCCCUUUUACUCUGGUCCCCUAUCAAUAUUUAUGUUCCGUCAAUAUUUAGUUUAGCAGGCUCAGGCUGUGCUCAACUUGUUUCAUGUUCAGUAGCAUUUUAUAUUGGAUUCUAUAUUGGUUUAAUUUAAGCGAUAUGGCCUCUAUAAAUAUGAGUGAGUGGAGCAGGAUGGAGUCUGUCAGAUAAUACAGGCGAUAAUAUUCUGACCUGUGUGCGUCACUAAAGCAGAUGAUGAGUGUGUCAGUGGAAAAGGACUUCAAAGUCAGAUUAAAACCUCUUCCAUUAAAUUGAAGUCAGUAAUUACAAAUUGCAGGCAUGGAUCAUACAAUAUGCAUCGAAUUUAUUAAGGUUUGAGAAGAUUGCUUUGCUGCAGUGUGAAGAAUGUGUUUGUUUUUUACUCAAAUUUUUGGGGGGUAAAGGACUAUAUAUAUAAAUAUAAUAUAUAUAUAUAUUUCCUUGUAGAACUGAACAUAGGCUCUGCUACCUGUGAGGAAUUAUUAAUUGUAUUCAGCUUAUUUUGUUAUAUUAGACCACCUCAUUAACAGCUAGUGUGACAGGAGGUGAUGCACUGUAUAUAUUACAGACUAACAUUGGGAGAACUCUUAUUUGGUGCAAAUAUUUUGUAUAGAUUUGGGAGGAAUUUGGGUAAAUAUUUUCUAAUUGAAGUUAUGUUUUGAAAAAUAUUCUGUUUAUGUUGUGUGUUUAUGUUUUUCUUCAGGCUAUGGUACUUAUUGGAAAUAUACACUUGUGUAAACGUG